AUGUCGCUGUAUACCCUGAAUGAUUUUAAAAGAUUUUUUUCUAAUAUACCACAAUUGCAAGUUGAAGGCGGUAACGCAGUUAAUAUUGCUGAAUAUUGGUUUAAUCAUAAUGAUGCUAAUGAUGCGUACAAUGGCAUGGAUUUACAGCCUGAUUUAGAGCCUUGCUCAUUAGAUGACGGAUAUUUAAAUAUUUGGCAAGGCUUCGGAGUAAAUGAUUUGGCAGUAAGUGAAACAGAUGUUCAAUUAGUAAAUUAUUUAAACCAUGCUAGAUAUAUUAUCUGUAAUGAUAAUGUCGAACAUUACGAUGAAUUGUUAAGGUUCUUAGCUCAUUUGCGACAACGACCAGAAGAAAAGCCACUUUAUGCUAUAGUAUUAGAAAGUGAGGAGCAUGGCACAGGUAAAAGCACUUUUCUACAACCACUAGUAACGAUGUGUGGUACUCACGGAACAGAAGUGCAAAAAGGCGAAAGAGUUUUCGGUAAAUUUAAUUCUAGAAUUGCAAAUCUAAUACUAGUAGUUUUAGAAGAAGCGUUUGCAGGCAGUAACGAUGCAACUAAUAGUUUGAAAAAUUUAAUUACUAGCUACAUUAUGGAGUUAGAAAAAAAAGGUAUCGAUGCUAUAGAGGUAGAGAAUUAUCUAAGGUUGAUUUUAACUACUAAUCAAGUAAAUAUUAUAAAAAUUGAUUCUACUGAACGACGUUAUUUUUAUUUAAAAGUUUCUGCGAGCAAGCUAAACAAUACAGAAUAUUUUGAAACACUGAAUUUCACUAUACCUAAAAGAAAAAGCCAUAUAAAAUUUGUAAGCAAACUAUCUUACUUUUUAAAAAACUAUCCUUUACCCCCUAAAUAUAUACCUAAAAAUCCCCCCAAUACAAAAACUUUAGGCAUGAAGAAGCUAGAUAACCUUAGCCCAGAACAUAAAUUUAUUUACAGAAUGCUAUACAGCGGUAGCAACACGUCAGCAUUCGGUUCGUUUGAUUGGCAAGAGAGGGUUAGUAAUAAGGAGCUAGAGGUUUUAUACGAAGAAUUUAAAAAAGGAUUAAGAAAACACACAUUAGAUAAAGAAUCACAGCUUCCUUUGCGGUCGAUUGGCAUAAUGCUAACUAGACUGGGUAUGGCAAAUAAUGUUAGUAAAAGUGGUAGAUCACGUGAAAUGUUGGAGUACAAGAUUCCAGAAUAUAAAAACAAGUUUUGCGAUAUUUUGGGAUUACCUAGUGAUAUUUUUGAGUGCAAUAGCAACGACUAG